CAAGCGCUGCUGUUAGAAAGAAAGGAAAAGGAGGGGGUGAGAAAUGGCAGCUUCAGCCAUGGCAAGCGGAACACUUAAGCUCCUCUGCUCCGCCGUAAGUCACCGUCGUAUGAAUUCCGCUUCACGGGUGAAUGGGUACGUAAAGUUUCUCAUCGACGCCAACAACCGCUCCUCUACUACCUCGUUUCAACGCUCAUUUCCCAUUCGCGCUGUUGAUUCCCAAACCGAUGAAGAAAAUCCAAGUUUCGAUGAACCCAAUUCUGCUUUCAUCACUCAGGAAGAUGUGAGUUACAUGUGGAAAUUAGGUGGUGGUUCAGUGGUGGGUGCAGCCAUUAUCAAGUAUGGAAGCAUACUUUUUCCAGAGCUUACAAGACCAAACAUCAUACAGGCUUUGAUCAUGAUUUUGACGCCGGUUAUUAUUGCCGUUCUUUUGUUGAUAAAGGGAAGUCGUGUUAAGCAAUGAAGCUAAUAUUGCAGGUGGAAGGUCAUUUUCAGUUUCAAGUGAUGCGUUUAAAAUAAAACCUGCAAGGACAAGGAGAGACUUCUUGGUGGCGCAUAUCAUGCUAGGAAUGGUUAAUGGCUUAAAUGAACAAAGUAAGAUGAACUAUUCGUGAUGUAUAAACUCUGUUUAUUUGCGUUUAUUAAGUUCAAUAAAUGAGUACGAAUAAAUUUUUGUUA